GCGCAGACAGUUGACGCUCGCCCGACAAGACACCGUUCGGUCGUUGAACGGCACGCAUCAAACAAAUGCCGCGCUUUCAACAAAACAAUUGAAUUAUGACUAAAAAGUUCAAAACAAGUGAAGUUUAAAUUAAGUAAUCAGAUUUUUUUUGUGUGACAAUAAAAAAUUCUGUGACAGUUAUGCAUAUCAUAAUUUCAACGUUUUUCGUGCUCGCGCUUUUGCAAGCACCAGACCUUACAAGAGGGGAAGACUUUGGAUACGAUGGCAACAUCGGUCCAACGCACUGGGGCGAGCGAUACCGAGAGUGCACGGGCAAGCACCAGAGCCCGAUUAACAUCAACGUGCUGCGCGUGAAGCAGGUCACGCUGCCCGACAUCGAGUUCGUCGGCUUCGACGACUCGAUCGACGACGUGCACGUCACCAACAACGGCCACACUGUUCUGAUAGAGGUGGAAAACGAACCACAUCCGCGAGUACGCGGCGGGCCGCUAGAGGGCGACUACAUCUUUAGCCAGAUGCAUUUCCAUUGGGGUGAUAAUGACACCUUCGGCUCGGAGGACAAGAUCAACCAUAGAAGUUUUCCCAUGGAGCUACACAUGGUGUUCUACAAGGACGAGUACCAGACCGCCAAGGAGGCCGUCCAACACAGCGACGGGCUCGCUGUGCUAGCUUUCUUCUACGAGCUCGACCGCCACCAGCACCCCGCCUACGACGACAUCACGUCAGCGCUAGCGAACGUCACGGAACCCCUCGCGACCGUAGUAAUGAGCAACCCCUUCUCGUUCCUCAACAUUCUGCCGUACGACCUGCGGCGGUACUUCACGUACAGGGGCUCGUUGACCACGCCGCCGUGCUCGGAGGUCGUCACUUGGCUGGACUUCGAGCAGCCUGUGAGACUAGCUCAUGAGCAGAUAGAGCUAUUCCGCGAGCUAAAAUCAGCCCACGGCAAGAUCCGUCACAACUUCCGACCCAUCCAGCCGAUCGGCGACCGCGUCGUUUUCUACAACAUUGACAACAAGUACUUCAGCUACAACGAGUUGGACGACCCUAGCGAGGAAACUACUACUACUAGACCGAGGAGGAGGAAGGGGAAUGGGGCGGGGAGUGCGAAGUUGUAUUUCAGUUUGAUGUUGUUGUCGAGUAUAGCGGUAAUGAUUGUACUGUAAUGUAAUGGGUCCUAUUAGCCAUAAAACCUUUUGUUUUUACGUUUUACCGUAGACAAAGUACUAACGCAGACGUUAGAGAACAAUAUUGGUGCCACAAAAGGCGCUGUACGGCAUGUUUCAUGGAAACCAUCACCCCACUUAGGCGAAAGAGAGGUGGUAAAACUUAAAACUUCCGGCCGAUUCAACCAAUCGGAGACCGCAUCGUUUUCUAUAGGUAAUAUCGACAACAACUAUUUCAGCUGUACAGUAAUUAGAGAUUGCAAACCGGACUGGUUUUGAAUCCGGCCGGAUUCUGGCCUCAAUCCGGCGGAUCCGGCCGGAUUGCGAUUGCGGAGUUUGCGAAUUAAAAAUUCAUCAAACAUCAACAAUAUAAGCUACUACAGCUGUAAAGUUUGCAACUAAUCGUAGUUGGUGGACCAAAACAUUGUUAUUGCUCUACUUUAAGUGUCUUGUUAUUGCUCUGUCUAUGGUUCACUUAAUGUUUGUUUAUACCUAAGGCAUCAAAACAUUUUUUUUUUUAUAUUUUAAGGAUUGUUACCUUGUUAAAAAAAUACUUUUAUUUAUUUAAGGUGUAGUGAAUCAUUUACAUCAAGUAAUAGUUUACCAAUGAGAUGCCAUGUGUAAAUAUGCCAGCCAUGCCAUUUUUAACCCUUUUUUCCAGUCUAAGUAUAAUUAACCAACCACAUACAACCAAUGAAAUAUUUAUGUACUGUAAAUUGUAUGAGUAAGGUUGACAUUUGAUUGUAAAUUUUUAAAUAAUGGGCUGAAAAUGCAGCUAAUUAAGCAGCUAAAUACCACAGCACAGCAAAAAGCCAUUUCAGUUAUAAAUUUUCUUCUUUAUAUUUAAUUGUUACUGUUUAAUGGUUUGCUUAAUUGAUUGUUAUAUGAAAUCACGUUGUCAAUCAAUAACAUUAAACUUUCUAUAUCAAUCGCAAAACAAAUAAGUAACUUGCUUAAGGGGCACUCGCGCGUUGCCAACUUACUCGGAGUUAACCGUUUAUACAGUACAGUUUAACCCUGUAUAAAUGGUUAACCCCGAAUUACUUGGCUAACCUUAGACCGCGCAAGUGGCCCCAAGAGAUUUCUAAGACAUUUAAUUAAGCAAUUUGGGUUAGAUGGAUAUUAUUUAGUGGAAAAUGAAAUUUUACUUUAUAAUUAAUUACUGUUUUUUUAAUGUUAACAACCAGCCAUAAACAAGCAAAGGCAUAGAGAUAUUAACUAAACCCAUGACAUUAUUUUUUAUGCAAAUAUCAGCCUUUAUUUCUAAUUAAAGGUAAUUAUUGAAGUUAUUAUAAAUAUACAUAAGUACAAUAAGUUUUUAUGGGUUAUUAAAAUUAAGAUUCAAUGUAAAGAUUUAAAAUAGGGGAUUGUAGCUAUGAGUGGCAGAAAAAACAACUAGAAAAAUUAAUUUAUAAUUAUGUUUACAAUAAAAAAAAAUUAAGGUGAAGAAAAAAUAUCAAAUGACAACAUUAAUGUUUUAUGUUUUCUUACUUGAUAAUCUUAAAUACUGUAACAAAUUUUUAAUGGAAGUAUAUGUAAGUAGACCAAACUAUAGAUAUAAAUACUGCAAUAUUAUAAUAAAUGACUGAAAAUGUGUGAAUAUCAGAUGUGGUUAGAGAUUAUUAAAUGUAUAAGUGUGAUUUAAUUUACUGUGAUAUGUACACAAUUAUAUUUUUGUGAUAAAAAUAUGACAAUGGUCUUUUA